AUGGACGUUGAAGUCACCGAGGAGGCGCAGGAGCGGAUCUGCCGCUUCAGCAGCCUGAACCACAAGUUCGUUGACCUCGAGUCGCGAAUUGAGAAACUCACGGACGACUUACGAACUCUGCGAGAUGCUCAGGAAGAAGCGAUGAUCGUCAUCGAUCCCAGCGACAUCAUGCUCAAGAUCGUCCCCGGAGAGACAGUCGAGGAGGAGCUCGAGCGCCAGGUAACAGAGAAACAAAAAAUCCUCGAUGAGUGCAAAGAGGAGUUGGAGAAGACGAAGAAAGAAAUGGGAGAGCUCAAGACGAAGCUCUACGGCGAAUUCGGAGACCGAAUCAAUCUCGACAAAUAA